AGGAGGGGCACCCUAAGGGGCGGCGGAUGCAGGCUCCUGAGGGUCACGGAACAUCUCCCCUCCCCACCCCCUUUCCCCUUCCCAACCCCUUCGCAUCCCGGAGCUGCAGGUGCUGAAGACCCUGGGGUAAAGAAUGGAAAUGCCUUUUGAGCUCUAAAGGUCCCCUCCCCCUGCUCUCCCCCGCCCCCCCCCCCCCAUUUAGGAAGAAAACAUUCUUCCUGCCCUCUGCCCUUCCAAAAUUGACGUACACCUGUAAAACCCAAGGACAGCCUAAGAACAAGGACAGCCAUGGCGGACAGCCUGAGGAGAUUAGUUAACAACGAAGGCUGUCGGAUGUUGCAGGAGAAAUUGGAGACGUGGUACAAGGAUUACUAUAUGAACUCAUGUGAUCAGAACUUGAAUUGUUGCUGCGAAAUAAUUGAACUGAAUUCCAGAAUACAGGGGCAGCUCUUCACGAUCCUCAGCCUAACAGCGCAAGAAGGUGGACAUUACGCUGGUGUGGAAACAAUCAAAUCUCGACUUCUGCCCUGGCUAGGGACUUGUUUCUCCAAUUCUUCUGUGGGAAAACCCAUUGACAACAACUUAAGCCUUUUUCAGGAGUCACUUGAAAAGGACAGACAACUGCGAGAACUUUCUGCUGCUCGGGAACGGGAGAUACAACAGUUAGAUUCGGAAUUGAAUUCAACUCGUGUACAACUCAGCAUGGUUCAACAAGAACUCAAGUCUCUUCAAGCCCAGGACGAGUCCCGCCAACGCAGCUUGGAAAUGCUAACUGACUAUGAACGACAACUUCGGGCUCUGAAGGAUGAGAUUGCUGUCCUGUCUGCAGAAAAAUCUGUUCUCCAGAGCAGACUCUCCAGGAGCCGGUCUCCUAGCCCUGAUUCCCAAGGCGGCAGGCCUUCCAGUCCCGUUCAAAAAGAGAUGACCCUGGCACCUCUAGCCAACAGAAUGAGCACUGUCUCACGCAAAGCUAAUCUCCUGGCCCGUUUCAGUGAUGCGUAUGCUCAAGGCCGCCUGGAGGCACAGACCUUGCUCAAGAGAUACAUUGAUAAGAUGGAAACAGUGCAGAGGAUCAUCUAUAUUGCCACAGUGGAGUCUUUCCACGUAGCUAAGAUGGCAUUCAGACACUUCAAAAUACGUGUGAGGAAGACUUUAACACCAGGUCAUAUAGGGGCAGAGUCUAUUGAGGACAUUGUCAUGGAUUACAUAAUUUGUCAUCUUGAUUUAUAUGAUGUUCAAAGCAGCGUUAACGAUGUGAUUCGUGCCAUGAAUGUGAACCCCAAGAUUUCUUUUCCACCUGAAGUUGACUUUAUAGUUAUCAGCUGCUUCAUCAAAGAGAUAUGCUGUAUUGCAUUCGCAAUGCAGACUUUGGAUCCUCCCCUAGAUAUUGCAUUUGGUGCUGAUGGAGAGAUUUUUAAUGAUUCCAAGUAUCGCCGCAGCUGUGACUCUGAUUUCACGGCUCCCUUGGUCUUCUAUCACGUGUGGCCUGCUCUGAUGGAGAAUGAAAUUGUCAUUAUGAAGGGAGAAGCUGUCACCAAGAGAGGGGCUUUUUGGUCAUCUGUGAGAAACAUCAACCGAAGUAGGAGCCGAAGUCUAAGCCCUAUCCAUCACCGUGGUAGCCUGGGUAAAAGCGGGGUAUCAAGAAGUCGAAGCCCUUCUCCACCAAGAAAUAUCAAUACAAUUUUCUUUUUCAGGCAGAACAAGCCUAAUCCUUUUUCAACAUGACAGCCAUUCAAAUACUUAACGACCUUUUCUGACCAUCUCCACCUCAUUGGAAACUUGAAAUCCACCCCUGGGUCGCUGGCUCUGAUAGAGAGAAGUUCAAGUAUGAGCAGAUGGGUAGCCAGGUCCGGUCCCCUGACACUUAGGAUGUUCUAGCAGAAAGGCCUUGGUUGAUCUCAACUGUUAUGAAAGUUCACUGGGAGAAAAAUCAUCUCCAUGGUAACCAGGGCCAAAGCUGAUUAGUGCUUUUUGGAUCAACAUCCACAGCCAUUGGAAGUAAAUGAGUUUAAAGCUUGUGAAGACCACAGGGUGGUUCCUCCCAGAAGCAUUUGAGCCACAAGGGAUGAAGCCAACAAAUUCAACUGGCAUCAGCAAAACUCAUCUUCCCCUAGGCCCCGACGAUUGUACCUACACCCUUCAUUGAAAGUCUAGGCAAUCAACAAACAAUAAAUCAAGCCCUGAAUUUGUAAUGUUUGCUGAUUUCUGAGGUGGAGGAACUAAGGCUCAGAAGAAUACACUGAUUUUUGUGAAACUCCUGAUGCUGUUUAUAAGUGGCAGAUCAUGUGCUUGAACCCACACCCACAACUGUUUUUACCUCUUCACCAAAACAUCACUUUCGUGACUGAAGAGCAACCUCCCAAGAGAUCUCUGACAUAGGCAAGUAGUGAAAGACAAGUCUUGUGCUGAUGACCUUGUGACAUCCAGGCUAUAAAGAGAGUCGGCUGAAGAUGUGCUGUUUGAUCAUGGCUGAAGGGACCUUUUCAGAGUGGAUUCCAUUCAUAGCACUCUGACCUCUACCCACCAAAUCUUCCUAUAUGCGUUGGGGAAAAUAAAUUCAAUUCAACAAACAU